AUGGCUUCCAUCCAGUCAGCUCCCAAUGCCGGAGCUGGCAACAUGUCUUUGCCACCUGAUCUCACACCAGCUCGACUGCAGGAAUUGUACCAGAAAUAUCGCGAAAUGCAAAGCUCUGGUGUCCGCCAUGAUGACCCUGAAUAUAUUAAGGCGCACAAUAUCCUCGCGGCUGUCCAGAAACAACAAAAUUUUGCUAGGCAACGAUACCAGCAACAGCAACAACAGCGCCAACAACAACAGCAGUUGCAGCAAUCAAAUGGAAACGGUAGCGAGGCCCCUACGAAUGGCGUUAAUGGUCGAUCUGCAAACAAUGCCAGCCUUGAACAGAAUUCCGCUAGCACCGGGGGCCAACCUUCGUCUUCUGCUCAGCAACCAGCCCCUGGAGCGACGAAAGGCGCUCCCGCAUCCACAGGGAGUUUCUCACCCGAACAGCUUGGCAUCUUGCGAAAUCAGAUCCUCGCUUUCAAGAUACUUUCCAAGAAUAUGGCUCUUCCGGCGCAAGUUCAAAAGCAACUUUUUGGCGCUAACAAACAGCAGCCAGCUUCUCCCGCUGAAAAGGUAGCAGCCGCUGAAGCUGUGGUCGAGAGUGCAAGUCAAAGCGAUAAACCCAACGACAGCCUUGAAAAAGAAGCCAACUUGAAGAACUUUUAUGAAAAGUUGCAAUCGCCAUAUGAUCUUUUACAAAAGACCAUCGGUUACACCGAUCAUUCAGCGAGGGGCAACCGUGCGCGUAUACCGAGUCUCUUCCCCACCGGCAUUGAUUUGGAGCGUGUCCGUGAAGAUAGGGAACUGCUAAUUUACAACAGAAUUACUGCUAGGAAGGCUGAAUUAGCGAACCUUCCCGCUAAUCUCGGUGUCUGGGAUGCUAGCCGCGGUGAAAGCCCCACACCAGACGAUUCACUCAAGCUCAAAGCAUUGAUUGAAUAUAAGAUGCUCAAUUUGCUGCCAAAGCAGCGCAAGUUCCGUCAACAAAUCCAGCACGAAAUGUUUCAUUACGAUAACCUGGGAAUGACAGGGAAUCGCUCUGCUCACCGUCGCAUCAAAAAACAAUCUUUGCGUGAAGCGCGAAUCACCGAGAAACUUGAAAAACAGCAGCGUGACGCUAGAGAGAAUCGUGACAAGAAGAAGCAAGAUGAAAAGAUUCAAGCGAUCCUGGCUCACAGCCAAGAGGUUCUGCAGGCUGGCAGUCAACAACGUGCUCGCAUGCAAAAACUCGGUCGUGUCAUGCUACAGCAACAUCAGUACAUGGAACGUGAAGAGCAGAAGCGUGUGGAGCGAACAGCCAAGCAACGUCUUCAGGCUCUUAAGGCUAACGAUGAGGAGACCUACCUCAAACUUUUGGGCCAGGCGAAAGAUUCUCGUAUUUCUCACUUGCUGAAACAGACCGAUGGUUUCUUGAACCAGCUUGCAUCAUCAGUGAAGGAGCAACAGCGCAGUCAUGCCGAAAGAUUUGGCGGUGAUACCCAAUAUGAAGAGGAAGAAGAGGAAGAAGAGGAGUACGAUACCGAUGAAGAGAGUGGCGGCCGUAAGAUUGAUUACUAUGCCGUGGCUCAUCGUAUCAAGGAGGAGGUCUCGAUGCAACCAAACAUCCUAGUGGGCGGAACGCUCAAGGAGUACCAGCUGAAGGGCUUGCAGUGGAUGAUUUCGCUCUACAACAAUAACUUGAACGGUAUUUUGGCCGAUGAAAUGGGUCUCGGAAAAACUAUUCAGACUAUUAGUCUGCUCACAUAUCUCAUUGAGGUUAAAAAGAACAAUGGUCCUUUCCUAGUGAUUGUUCCUCUGAGUACUCUUACGAAUUGGAAUAUGGAAUUUGACAAAUGGGCCCCGACGGUCACCAAAGUUGUUUACAAGGGCCCCCCCAACGUCCGCAAACAGCAUCAGCAAGCCAUUCGGUACGGCCAGUUCCAAGUUCUGUUGACAACCUAUGAAUAUAUCAUCAAGGAUCGACCACUAUUGAGUAAAAUCAAAUGGCAACACAUGAUCGUUGAUGAGGGUCACCGUAUGAAGAAUGCUCAAUCGAAAUUGAGCAGCACUUUGACUCAAUAUUAUACCACCCGUUUCCGUCUCAUUUUGACGGGAACUCCCUUGCAGAAUAACUUACCGGAACUUUGGGCUUUACUGAACUUCGUUCUUCCUAGCAUUUUCAAAUCGGUGAAGUCGUUCGAUGAAUGGUUUAAUACGCCCUUUGCGAAUACGGGUAGCCAGGAUCGGAUAGACUUGACCGAAGAAGAGCAGCUGCUUGUGAUUCGUCGUCUCCAUAAGGUUCUUCGGCCAUUCUUGCUGCGUCGUUUGAAGAAGGAUGUCGAGAAAGAUCUUCCUGACAAGCAGGAACGUGUUGUCAAAUGUCGCUCGUCCGCUUUACAGAGCAAACUUUAUAAACAGCUUCUUACGUCUAACAAGAUGGUUGUCAGUGACGGCAAGGGUGGUAAGAUUGGUAUGCGUGGUCUCAGCAACAUGCUCAUGCAAAUGAGAAAGCUUUGCAACCAUCCGUUCGUUUUCGAGCCUGUGGAAGAUCAAAUGAACCCAACACGUGGAACCAACGACUUGAUCUGGCGAACUGCUGGAAAAUUCGAACUUCUUGAUCGUGUUCUUCCUAAAUUCAAGGCGACAGGACACCGUGUGUUACUUUUCUUCCAAAUGACACAAAUCAUGAACAUCAUGGAGGAUUUCUUGCGAUUAAAAGGACUCAAAUAUUUGCGACUUGAUGGCUCUACCAAAUCAGAUGACCGGUCUGAAUUGCUUAAGCUCUUUAACGAUCCUAACUCAGACUAUUUCUGCUUCUUGCUUUCAACUCGUGCUGGUGGCUUGGGCCUUAAUCUCCAAACUGCCGAUACUGUCAUCAUCUAUGAUUCUGAUUGGAAUCCUCAUCAAGAUUUGCAGGCUCAAGAUCGUGCUCACCGUAUCGGACAAAAGAACGAAGUGCGUAUUCUUCGUUUAAUCACGUCUAAUUCUGUCGAAGAGAAGAUCUUAGGCCGUGCUCAAUUUAAGCUUGAUAUGGACGGCAAAGUUAUCCAGGCUGGAAAGUUCGACAACAAAUCAACAAACGAGGAACGAGAGGCCUUGCUUCGGACACUACUUGAAAGUGCGGAGGUUGGUGAUCAGAUGGGUGAUCAGGAUGAGAUGGACGAUGAUGAGCUAAACGAAGUCAUGGCUCGAUCCGAAGAGGAGCUUACAAUCUUCCAGAAAAUGGACCAGGAACGCGCUAAAACAGAUAAAUAUGGUCCUGGUCGCCGUUACCCCCGACUUAUGGGAGAAGAUGAACUUCCAGAUAUCUAUCUCGCCGAAGAUGUUCCCGCUAAAGCUGAGGUUGAAGAGAUCACAGGCCGUGGAGCUCGUGAACGCAAAGUUACGAGAUACGAUGAUGGCCUUACUGAGGAACAAUGGCUUAUGGCUGUGGACGCUGAGGACGAUACCAUUGAAGAGGCAAUUGCUCGGAAGGACGCAAAAAUCGAGCGACGCCGUGUCAAUAAAGAGAAACGUGGACGCCGGACAACAGGUGGGGAGUCAUCACCCGAACCAUCACGCGAAAGUUCCGAAACCCCCCAGCCGCGAAAGCGGCGUAAGGGACCUGCUGGAAAGCGUAAGGCAGAUGAUUUUGUUGAUGAAACACCUCCCGCUAAGCGGAAGAAGGGCAAACCCUCAAAGGCCAUGGAUUCUCUUAGUGGCGGUGAGCGUGCGACGUUGCAGAAGAUCUUAAACCAUGUAUAUCAGGCCUUGAUGGACCUCGAACAAGAGAUUGUGCCAGAAGAAGACGACAGUGAUGACGAACCCCUUACGAGAUCGAUCAUCGACCCAUUCAUGAAGCCGCCACCCAAGUCACAAUAUCCCGACUAUUAUAUGAUCAUCCACAAUCCCAUUGCUAUGGAUAUGAUCAAAAAGAAAAUCAAUAGAGAGGAGUAUCAAGGUUUGAAGGAGUUCCGGGACGACAUUCGCCUUCUUUGCCAAAAUGCCAGAACCUACAACGAAGAUACCAGCAUAUUAUUCGCAGAUGCGAAUCAAAUCGAGGCUACUUGUGUCGAGGAGUUGAGAAAACAGACGGAUGAACACCCCGAGUUUGCCGACUUUGACGAAGCAGGGUCAUCAGUUGCUGAUGGCUUGUCUACUGCUGGUGUCUCUGGUGCUGAGUCUUUGGCACAGCCCAAGAUCAAACUCACUUUCAACAGCAAUCGAGACAGUGCUAGUGCAGCAAACGGGGAUGUUCCUAGCGAUGAGGAAUGA